AUGGAUGGAUUUCCAGGGUUUCCAGAACAAAAAGGAGACUUUGGACUUAACGGACGUCCAGGGGCACCAGUUUUUUGGAGCAAUUAUCCAAAAUCCACAGUCACAGUUCUCAUCAAUUUAUAUUCAGGAGAUCCUGGUCGUCUAGGAUUCGCUGAAGUCAACGGAUACUCAGGAAGCAACGAAAUUCUAUGGAACGUGGGAAGAAAAUUUUCUAGGAAUCAAAAGAGAAUAGGCCUUCCAGGUUUCCCAGAAGCAAAAGGAGAACCAGGAUUUUUAGGAUACGCUGGAGAGAAAGGUCAUCCAGAAAGAAAAAGAUUUCCAGGAGCUGACGGACCUCCAGUCUCCAAAACCUUGUGA